AUGAAGCUCAUCAUUUUGUUGGCCUUUUGCGGAGCCACCUCGGCCACCCUCUUUCCCAGUGACCAGAUCGCCGCCAUCGUAAACUACCACAACUCGUUCCGCUCUCAGCUGGCCAAAGGCACAUACAAAGCAAAGGAUGGCACAGUUUUCGCCGCAGCCACCAACAUGCAAACCAUGCAAUGGAACACAACGUUGGGCACGAGUGCCUCGAACUAUGCUGCAAAAUGCAUCUUCCUGACGCACUCGGGCACGCCUGGAGUCGGCGAGAAUCUUUAUGUCACUUCAUCGAGUGUCGUCACUGGAUUGGGAGCUGCUGCUAGUAAAGCAUGGGCUGACGAGUUCUACAACUAUGGGCCACAGGGAUACACUUUCUCAAGCAAAACUGGACAUGCCACGCAAAUGGCCUGGGCGACCACAAAAACGGUGGGAUGUGGGUAUGCCUUGUGCAAGAAUGGACCAUCCGGCUUCACAAGCUACACCAAUGUCGUCUGUCAAUACUACCGACAGGGAAACUACAUUGGACAAAAGGCUUAUGCCCAAGGUACCACAUGUACCAAAUGCCCAUCUGGUAGCCCAUGUCAGACGAGCACAGCCAUCUCUGGACUCUGUGGAACGGCC